AUGCUAGAGGUUCAGCUCCCUGACCAAGGCGUGGGCCAAUCCCAAUGGCCUCUAUCACGGCCUGCCCAUAACCUUCUGCACGAAGGUGUUGUUGAGGAGAUAGGAUCCAAUCCAAAGCACGGUUUGACUAGUUCAGAGGCCCAAAGACGCCUAGAGCAGUAUGGGAGGAAUGAUCUAGGUAAUACCGAGUCUGUCCAGCCGGCGAAGAUGUUGCUUCGGCAGGUUGCAAACGCUAUGACCUUGGUAUGGCCAAUUAUCACCUUUGCUAUGGCAGUGAGCUUUGGUAUCAAUGCUUGGAUUGAGGGAGGCGUGCUAGCAGCAGUUAUCCUUAUAAAUAUCGGCAUAGGCUUCAUCCAGGAAUUUCAGGCAGAAAAGACUAUGGGCUCACUUCGGUCAUUGAGCUCCCCGACUGCCUGUGUUGUACGUGACGGGCGCCAAAUUACUAUUCCGACUGCAGACGUUGUACCAGGUGACAUAGUAGAAAUGAAGACCGGUGACACCGUUCCAGCAGAUAUCAGACUCAUAGAGGCCAUAAACUUUGAAACGGAUGAAGCCUUACUUACAGGAGAAUCCUUACCACUGCGCAAAGAUGCGAAUGCCACUUUCAGUGAUGAUACCGGCCCUGGUGACCGGCUUAAUGUCUGCUUCAGCUCAUCUAUUGUGACCAAGGGCCGAGCUAGAGGUGUUGUCUUUUCCACAGGGGUAUAUACGGAAAUCGGGUCUAUUGCAACCGCGCUUCGCGCAAAGAGUACGAGAUAUAGGCCGGUAAAACGUAAGCCAGACGGCUCUGCGGGCAUCCAUCGCUAUGCUCAAGCAUGGGCUCUAACGAUCUAUGAUGCUGCUGGCGAAAUUUUGGGCCUUAACGUUGGUACACCGCUGCAGAAGAAACUUUCUAAGCUUGCGCUUCUUCUCCUCGGGACUGCUGUCAUUUGUGCCAUCAUUGUGCUUGCUGCCAAUAAAUUUAGCAAUCAUCAGGAGGUUAUUGUUUAUGCUGUAGCCACUGGGCUAAGUAUGAUACCGUCAUCCCUGGUAGUAGUUUUAACCAUCACAAUGACGGUCGGUACAAAACGAAUGGUGAAAAGACAUGUUAUUGUACGCAAUUUGAACUCGUUGGAGGCGCUUGGGGCGGUUACAGACAUUUGUUCGGACAAAACAGGUACUCUCACUCAAGGAAAGAUGGUAGCCCACAAAGCCUGGGUGCCUGCGCGAGGGACAUACUCGGUCGGACAAUCAAGCGAACCGUUUAACCCUAGGGCAGGCAAAUUGUACUUCGAUCCUAAGCAACCGCGCGAUAUUGAUUUUACGGGCCUAAAAGACGACUCUCAAACCGAAUAUAUCAAAACCGGGGGUGAUUGCCAUCUCGAUAAGUUUCUCAAGGUUGCCUCCUUGGCCAAUCUUGCGGUUGUUCGUGAGACUUCUACGGGAGACUGGGAAGUUCAUGGUGACCCAACUGAAGUUGCAAUCCAGAUCUUUGCAUCACGCUUCGAUUGGAACCGUUACUGGCUGACGUCUGGAGAUCAACCUGCGUGGAAGCAGGUGGCUGAAUUUCCAUUUGACUCGGAUGUCAAGAAAAUGUCAGUUGUUUUUGAGGCAGCGGCAGGAGAUAUGUAUGUUUUCACCAAAGGAGCCGUUGAGCGAGUUUUAUCAUCAUGCUCUUCAAUUGAAAUGGGGGAUGGUUUAGAAUAUAACGCACUCACGCCGGGGGUCCAGGCUGAUAUUCUAGCUAAUGUGGAAGCAUUUGCGGCACACGGCCUACGUGUUCUUGCGUUGGCUAGCAAAUCACUUCCAGCGUCUUUGGACUCGAAAAAUGGAAAGAUUAACCGCAACGACGUCGAAAAUGACUUGAUUUUCCGUGGCUUGAUUGGCAUUUAUGAUCCACCCCGUCCCGAAUCCGCUCCCUCUGUGCGUCGUUGCCAUGAAGCUGGUAUUUCCGUUCACAUGUUGACGGGCGAUCACCCCAGCACAGCGCGAUCUAUUGCGACAGAAGUGGGGAUACUUCCAGCAGAUACUAACUUGCUAAGUAAAGGCACCAUUGAUUCCAUGGUUAUGACGGCUCAACAGUUUGAUAAACUUUCAGACAAAGAGAUCGAUGCACUCCCUGAGCUUCCAUUGGUAGUAGCGCGGUGUGCACCUAAUACAAAAGUUCGAAUGAUUAAUGCUCUACAUAGGCGUAAGAAAUUUGCUGCUAUGACUGGUGACGGGGUUAAUGACUCUCCCUCACUGAAGAACGCCGAUGUUGGCAUUGCCAUGGGCCUGGCUGGAUCUGAUGUCGCAAAGGAUGCAUCGGACAUUAUCUUAACCGACGAUAAUUUUGCUUCAAUCCUUAAUGCCAUUGAAGAGGGUCGGCGCAUAUUCGAUAAUAUCCAAAAGUUUAUAUUACACGUUCUAUCUCAAAAUUUUGCACAGGCUAUAGUUCUACUUGUCGGUCUUGUAUUCAAAGAUGCAGACAAUCUAUCGGUUUUCCCACUAAGCCCGGUUGAGAUCAUUUGGCUUGUAAUGAUAACCUCAGGGCUUCCAGAUAUGGGGUUAGGAUUUGAGCAGGCGACAAUGGAUAUUAUGAGGCGGCCUCCGCAUCGAGGUGGUAUUUUCACUACGGAGAUAAUGUUGGAUAUGGUUGUAUACGGAACCUGGGUUGCUACAUUGUGCCUAGGAGCUUUCACGCUUGUACUUUCGGCUUCGGGGAUGGCUCACUUGGAAGCAAUUGCAACAAAACUUACGAGGGGUGUGAACUGGUAUUUCGAGCGCGAGCCACAACCUUUGCUUGUUUGA